GUGACAUCCUUUUGAUUACAAAAAAAAAAGGAAUCUUGUUCAACUAUCAUAAACACGCAAGAACGAAUAAGAAAUUCAUCAAACGAAAGCAUAAAGAAUUAUCACUUUUAUGGUUAUCAUCUCGUCAAAAUCAAAUUUCUAAACGAUUAGAAACAAAACAAUUAGAAUCCGUAGUUGUGAUUGAUAAAAACCUUCCUGUACCGGAUAUUAUUGAUCAUAACUUAAACGGUAUAUCAAUAUCAUAUUCAUCUUUAUCGGUUUAUUUUCAGGAAAGAAAAGUGUCUCAACCGGACACCACUUCUCAUCUCCUUUUAACCACUUCUACGAUUGCUUAUUUGAAAGUGGAUAAAAUAUCAAUGGAAGAAAUAAUUCACACGAUACCAUCUCUUAAGCAAAAAGUUAAAACUUAUCAUCCAAAAUUCAUAUGUUUUAAUGGUAUGGCUGUUUACGAAGCAUUUAUGGAAUAUGAAUUUCGUAAUUUAAAAGUUUCACCAAUAAAUAUAAAGAAUAAAUGGAAAUUUGGGUUACAACCCAAUGUAAUUUCUUGGGAUACCAAAUCACCUUUGAGUUAUUCUCAAAAUAAUGCAAAUUUAUUAAAUCAAUCUGCAUCAGGGCAUACAAAAAUAUUUGUAAGCAUGUCAACAAGUGGACGUAUUAUGGAAGAUCAACGAGAUGAACAAAUCAAAUAUUUUAAAGAAUUGAAGAUUCUUUUAAAUUCUGAGAGAGGAUUACAAAGUGAAUCCGAAAUUCCUAAUGUUACAGAUCAAGAAAUGGAUUUUAAUCUUGAUAUCGAUAACCAAGGAAUAAAGAUGAAUAAUUUUGAUUCAUUCAAGAAUGUUAACUAUAUCAAAAAUAAUUCUGUUAAUAAAGCCGAAGAAGAAAUACUUAAAAUAAUUCAUAGUUUCCAAAAUGAAAUUGAAAUGAAUUAUUGUAUGGAUGAUCACGAAAGUCUCAAAAAUUCUUUCUUCUCGUCACAAAUAACAAUGAAGUAUUCCGAGCAAAGUGAUAAUAAAGAGCAGAGUGAAUUUACUCCACCUAAAUCGUUUAAGGCCGUAAAGUGGUAG